AUGGCAUCAUUGUAUGUGUUUACACGACAGUACAGUUCUCAGUUCCGCGCGGAUGGGACAGGACUAUACGACGGACGUGUUGUGUACGGAGACCCCGCCUACGGAUGCAAUCAAUUCCUUAUUUGUCCAUUUCCGCUCAAUGGGACCCAUAAACGACAACGUCGGUUCAACUCGCAAAUGAGCAAGGUGCGGGAAGCCGUCGAGUGGAAUUUUGGUAGGCUCAAGAUCCUCUGGCCGUUCGUCGUUGACUCCAAGAAGAUGCAGGUGGGCAGAACGCUAGUUGGGAAGCUGUUCUACGUCUCGGCACUUCUCACCAACUGCCAUUGUUGCAUGCAACCUAUGGGCAACCAAAUUUCCAUCUACCAAAAAUUCCUGCGUUUGUUUGUCGAGGGCGAGAUCACGUUCAUGCUGUUUACGGUCACGCUCAUCCUCUCGCCCUGCACGUUUUUCUUCAAGCAUAUCUUCUUGUUCGAGCCGGUCUUUGAGAAAUGA